AUGCUGUAUGUCCAUCAAGAAAAGUGGCAACAAGAUCUAUUGGUACACUAUGGCAAUACCAUCAGUCUUAUUGAUGCAACAUAAACAACCAAGUAUGAUCUUGCGCUCUUUUUUAUCUGCGUAAAGACUAACGUUAACUACACAGUAGUUGCUGAUUUUGUAAUACAGCAUGAAACAGCUGAACAAAUUGCCGAAGCACUACAAAUCCUCAAAGAUUGGAACCCAGCCUGGAAACCACAAUUUUGGAUGACUGAUUACUCAGAAGCUCAAAUGACAGGCCUCACUACAUCCUUUCCAGAAUCAACUCUGUAUCUGUGUGACUUUCACAGGGAACAAGCGUGUACACGAUGGAUAAGAGAUUUAAUGCAUGGACUAAACACCACAGAGAGUGAAUCACUACUAGAAAUACUGAGAAAGAUGGCGUAUGCCCCUCCAUGCCAAGAACCUGAUAAAGUCAUUGAUUACUUUUACAGAAAAGAAGAAGAGAACUUAAAGCAGAUUGGUGUGUGGUGUUGUCAUGACCAAGUCAACCAGUGGCUGUCACAAAAGUGGCUGUGUAUUCCUGAGAAAUGGGCUCGAUGUUUUCGAAGAGAGAGAGACCUGACACUAUCAAGCAUUAUCGAGAUUCUCAUUCACCAUUUCCUACCAGAUCAAAGAGAAAGAUAUCUUUUCCUAAACUAUAAAGCAAGCACAGACUAUCGUUCCUAUGACAAAUCCAUACCAUCAUAUCUACAUAAUAGACCAUCUAGUAUUGUGGCUCAUUGUCUUGAAAGGAAGUCAUCUGCUCUCAAGUUUUGUGCUGAAGAUGUUUACUGCAAUCCUAUUAGAUCUGAGACAAGCCACAGAGCUAAAGGAUGCUCAGUUGGAUGCAAGAGAAGCCAUAAAGGAGGCAGAACGUCUUACAUACCUAAGUCAAAACGUGGAAGCAUUACGAUGUCUCGCAAUAGCUAUUUGACAGUCUGUGACAAAAUUGAAAGAGCAGAUGCCACAGUCAACAGAAGGCCUCUUGCUUCUACCAUCAUUACGCAGGAAAUCCUUGAAGAGAGCAACAGCCAGAAGACUGGUAAAAGAAGCCAAACGAGUAAAGCAAAAACAAAAAGUGAACAAACAGUAAGUGAACUACCACCAAGAAAGAAACGUAAGACAAGUCAUAGCAAGAGAGUGGGGAUAAAGGCUGACCGCAUGAGACACGAAAACUCAACAAUGAAAGACUGGCAAGGACGGAAACGGAAAUUCACAGAUGCAGUCAACUCUCACACUAGAGAAACAGAAGCUAGAAUCAGCUGUAACGCCUCCAUUGACUUCAAUCAGAAUGCAGCAAAUGUAGACUUUCAAUGCAACAGUAAAUCACUCCUCCCUGUCACAUCUACGUUGUGUGAACCAACCUUCCAGAGCAAAAGUAGAAGCAGUCUUGACUUUCUAAGACGGGCAUUCAGCAUACUAACAACUUCAACAUCUGGUUUACAAAAAGAGAAACAACUUCAACAAAUAGCUCAUUCCUAUGCUUACAGUCAGGCGAAGGCAGCACAACUGCCACUUGAGUCUGUAGAGACAAACACAAAUUCUGCAAACCAUGUAGAACACUUUGAUGAGCCAGAAACUGAUGGCGCAAAAAGAUUUGAAAUCAGACAACUACGAAGACAACUGGAUAAACAACAGAGUGACAUAGAUAAUUCAGCAAUGAAAUCGACACAAUCUACAGUAAACUGCCAAGUGAUUAAUACUACACGUGAUCCAAUAGAUUGCACAAGACCAUCAACACAGCUAUCCUAUCUUUCAAAACCAAAGGAAGUGCUACAUCACCUGAUUAGCAAUGCUGAUCGACCAACCGUUGCAGACAGCCAAUUGUGUUUGACAUUAGAAGACGUCCAUCUGAUAGCCAGCAGCAAACAGUCAAAUGCCAAACCAGGAUAA